AUGAAAGCUGGCAAGGGGUUUGGCACAUCUGUUGGCAAAGAUAGUGAAGCGAAAGGCCAGCUUUUGAAUGGAAGAACUUCGUCUUUUUGUUCCUUCUCAUUUUUUUCUUCCCUUUUUUCUCUGUUGCAUGGUAUAUUUGUCCAGUUAGUGCAGGCAAAUUCUCCAGCAUCCCUUGCUGGUCUGCGGUUUGGGGACCAAGUUCUGCAGAUCAAUGGUGAAAACUGUGCAGGAUGGAGUUCUGAUAAAGCACACAAGGUUCUGAAACAGGCUUCUGGAGAAAGGAUUUCAAUGAUCAUCCGGGACAGGCCUUUUGAACGAAUUAUUACCAUGCACAAGGACAGCACAGGGCAUGUUGGCUUCAUCUUCAAGAAUGGAAAAAUAACCUCAAUAGUGAAAGACAGCUCUGCUGCGAGAAACGGACUUCUGACAGAGCACAACAUCUGUGAAAUUAAUGGCCAGAAUGUAAUUGGAUUGAAGGACCCCCAGAUUGCAGACAUCUUGGCAACAGCUGGAAAUGUAGUGACCAUUACCAUCAUGCCUUCCAGUAUUUAUGAGUAUAUAAUAAAGAGGAUGGCAACUAGCAUUAUGAAAAGCCUGAUGGAUCACUCUGUUCCUGAAGUCUAAGCUUGCAUCAUGUACGUGUUUGUACAUACACAUAAUGAUGAUUCCACUAAACUUGGGCUAUUCUACUCAGUGAUUUCUUUCUUCUGCACACGAGCCUUCCUGGAGGCCAAGAGAAGAUAUGCUGCAUCAAGCAUUUGCAUCUAUAAUGGCUGGGAAUGUUACAGUUCAACAUAUCUCGUUUAUUCACAAACUGUAAAACUUGUAGCCUUAUAUGCUUGACAAAUGUGAAGUUCCAGUUGUGUUACAACUUCUUUUCGUAGGUCUUUUAUUUAGUUUACUACUUCUAUAAGCCAUUGCAACCAAAGCAACCAGAGCUCACUUGCAAAGUUCCGUGGUGUUACCCAGGACAAUGCUGUGCUUUGUACCUUUCAGACAAAUGAGUAUUUUUACCGCUUUCUGUUUGCAAGAGUAGACUUGAAAUAGCGUAUUAGAAGUAUGGCUAGUACUAGUUAAUUUUUUUGUUGUCUUAGUAAAUACUGUUUACAGGAGAAUGCCAGCUGAGCUGAGUGUAGCCGAAGGCAUCGUUCAGUAAGUAAGCGUAUUACAGUAGUGUACAGAUACUCAAAUCUUUUUAUUACUUGUUAUACAAAUUGUAACUAAUAUGCUUAUCUCUCGCCUUAACCAUGUUCUUAAGAAUUCAGAAAUAACCAAAUAAAUGACUGAAACCUUA